GGGCUUUUUGCCCCCCCCAAGCGGUAUUCUUUUUUAUACAAAGUCAGCUUUAUAUAUAGCUGUAUAUAUAAGUUCUUCCCUUCUAAUUGUCCAGGCCAGGGGAUCCUCUUCUCCAGCUGUGCUAGAAAUCCCAGGAACCUAAUUGUGCAGGUCUCUAUGGUCCCCAGGCCUUGUCUGGAAUUGUCAUCCUGGCCAUCGCCCCCCCACCUUUUUUUUCUUUUUAAAGAAAAGGACCCCAAUCGAAAUGUUCUCCGUGUGCACCUCAACAGGAGGUCAUGGGACCAUCCUGCCCUGGCACACGGGUCGCUCCCUCCACGCUCCUCCGAAAACCCACUAAAGGGUUACACCGCAGCCACUCCUACUUCCUAGAGAGGCUGGAGUAACCUUGGGGUUGGGGGAUGGGUGGGCAUAAUAUUCGGCAAGGCCUCUUCCUGCGCCCAACCACCCUGCCUUGUCGGCAACUAUCAGAACAACAAGAGGCAACAGCCAACCCGCUUCCCAUCUACGCCAGGGGAACUCCUAGAUUGUGGGGGACGAAGCGUUAAUGCCCAGAAUCAGCUGUCCGUCUCUUCAAGGAAGAAAAUUCUCUGCUGAUCAGAAAUGUUGCUGGUCCCUUCCUUCGAGUAAUUAUUUCUUCUUCUUUUUUUUUUACUGAAAUCUCCCAGUGUUUGUAGGCCUUGACAGAAGAUUCGUCUGGUUUCUCCUUUGUAAUCAUUUAUCUUUAUUUUAAAAGUUAUAUUUCAAAGAAGAGGCUACAAUUAUUCAUGAGCUUAUUUGGCUUGAAAAUCCUCGUCAUUGUAACUUUGAAAAGCUCCCGUCAGCCUCAACCGGGACCUUUUCUCCACUGUAUGUGGAUGUUGUCUUCUCUGAAACGUUAGCCACAAAAAUGGCUACUGAACUGAGGGCUGGAGGAGCCGCGUUUCUCUCCUUCCAGAAUGUUCUGGGACAUGGCAUGAACCCUAUAAGAAAGUCCGAGGAGGAAGCCCAAGUGCGGGCUCUAGACCCUGAUGGGGAACGGAUGGUCCCUCGGGUCAUUCAGGUUGGGACCAUAGGAGAAUUUCUAGGGUGGAUGGCUCCCCAAGAGAUGAGCCAAGGAUCAGAAGAAGGUUUGGCUCAACGCUGGGAGACCCAGUGGCAGGAAGUCUUGAAGACGGUCCAGCUUCUUCCUUCUGGGGUUGGGACUCCACACCAGUCAAAACCUUUUCCCUGGGACUCCUGCGAGUCUGUCCCCAACACCAGCCAGUGGUCGAAUGGAGAAAGCGUUCCUCAGUACUUGGUGGUCAACAACGGAGAGUUACAUCCUCGGAUCCUUUAUGGUCCAGAGGUUGAAGGAAACAGGCUGAUGAAGGACAUACUUGUGAACCAAGAGGCUCUCUUGACCGAGGCUCAGCGCCAACGUUUUAGGCAGUACAGUUACCAGGAGGCUGAAGAACCUCAAGAAGUUUGCAAGAGACUCCGGGAAUUUUGCUGUCAAUGGCUGAAGCCAGAGAAGCACUCCAAAGAGCAGAUCCUGGAGCUGGUGAUCCUGGAGCAGUUCCUGGCCAUCCUACCGCCAGAGAUGCAGGGCUGGGUCAGGGACCGUUAUCCUCAGGCUUGUUCCCAAGCCAUGGGUCUUGCAGAAGAGUUCCUCAGGAGUCAGAAACAAGAGAUUAAGGUGCUGGAACCGUGCGCAGCACUAGUGAUGGUCUCCCCGGAGGCUGAAGGAUCCCUGGCAGCCUCUGGAUCUAACGGCCUCCUUUGUAGAGAAGCUGAACUGAAAGACGGUCAGGAUCCCAGCUCAGCGGGUGACCCCGCCAUGAUCAGGAAUCCCUUGGAGGUUACUCAGCCAGGGGAUCCUGAGCUUCCUUUUUUGUUUGGAUCCUUAAUGGCGCAACAAGGAUCCAUGGAUAACAGGGACGGGCUGGUGCAGAAUAACCCAAUGGAGCCGAUCCAGAAAGGGGACGGAGCGAGGCUUUGCAGCGAAGGGGUCUACGAGACGGUGGUCCGUUUGGAGGAACACGGACACUGGUGCCUCGAAUGUGGCGAAAGCUUCCAAGACGCCUUGCAACUUCAGAAUCACCAGAAUUCCCAUUCGGGUCGGAAGCGUCCGGAGUGUCCAGAAUGCGGGAAAAGUUUCCGGGAUCUUUCGCACGUUCUCCGGCAUCAAACCGUCCACACGGGAGAGAAACCCUACGCCUGCUUCAAAUGUGGACAGAGUUUCACCCAGAAACCAGCACUUAACCGGCAUCUUAGAAAACAUUUGGAAAGCCAGAGUGACUCAGGAGACCAAGAACGGCACGGAAACCAGGAAAAUAGCCACCAGGGUGAGGCAACCCCUUCUUGGGCCUGGCCUAACCAAACAUUCCCCGAAAACAGAGUUGGCCCCUUUGCCAGCAGCCUGGGACAGCAGCCAUCGAUGAAUCAGUAUCCCGAAUCUGCCUCCGGCACUCACCGGGAAGGCAAAACGGCCAGGAAAACCAUCAGCCGUCGAGGGCAGAAGAAAUACUGGUGUUUUAUCUGCAUCAAAGGCUUUCGGGACAAGGCAGAUUUGGUACGGCACGACCGGAUCCACACGGGAGAGAAACCUUACGCCUGCCCGGACUGCGGACGGAAAUUCAGCUACACGUCCAGCUUGUAUAAGCACCAGCUGAUCCACCGGAGAGCGGGCAGCCUGAAAGGGAACCAGUUCAGAGAGAUGUCCGUAGACUACAACCCAGAUGAUUUUUCGGCCGUCCGCACAGCUCCCUUGGCCUGUCUCGAGGGCGGCGGGGGGUGGAGGAACGGGGUGAAGUUGGAGGCGACUGAGGAAAAACCACCCACGGAGGCCUUGUCGGUAGGAAAGGCCGACACGCAAUCAAGUGACUUUGCUUUCGAUAUUUCAGCGACGUAAUUCAAAGCGGUCGGCUUUGCUUUUUUGUACCUGGUGCGUUUUGGACAGAUCGGACUUUAGCAUCCAGGAAUUCUAGCUUGAAUUGAGAAGAGGAGCUUGUCUAGUUGAUAAAAGCGAUUCAGUUCAAACCAACCAGCUGAAUCCCCUCUC